AUGGCGGAAAUUCAAACACUUAUAGAAAUGGGCUUCCCCAAAGAACGAGCGGAAAAAGCCUUAGCAGUCACAAAUUACAAAGGUGUGGAACCUGCUAUGGAAUGGUUAUUGGCACAUGCUGAUGAGCCCGAUGUGCCUGCUGUGGGGCCUGGUCAAACAUUAGGAGGAAACUCCAGCACGAAUAUUGAAGUUACUCCUGCACCUACUGAACCGAACACAGAAAGUUCAGAAGUUGCGAAGUCAUUCAAAUGUGAUGAGUGUGGAAAGCUAUUCAAAAAUCAGGACGAGAUGGAAUUUCAUGCGGCUAAGACCAAUCACAGCAGCUUUUCGGAAUCCACUGAAGAGAAGAAGCCUUUAACUGAAGAAGAGAAAAAAGCUCAGCUAGCAUUGCUGGAGGAGCGAAUGAAGCAGAAGAGAAAGGAGAGAGAAGAAAAAGAAAAGGCUGAAGCUUUAGAGCGAGAGCGUCUUCGAAUCAAAUCGGGUAAAGAUCUGCAGGAUGCCCGCCAGAGGCUGCAAGAGCAGGAAAUGCAGAAAUUGGUAGAACAGAGGCGCCGCGAAAAGAUCGAAGACCAGAAGGCAAGAGAGAGGGUCCGAGCCCAAAUUGAAGCUGAUAAACAAGCCCGAAAGUUAGCGGCGCUGGGCCGCACGGAGGCUCCGGCGCCGGCGCCGGCGGCCGCGCCCCCCGCCGCCCCCGCAGCCCCCGCCGGGCCCGCGGUGGCGUACGAGCAGGCGCGCAUACAGCUACGGCUGCCCGACGGCAACUCCCUCGCACACACCUUCGGCGCCAAGGAACAGCUAGCCGCCGUCAGAUUAUACCUACAAAUGCACGCCCAAGAGUUUGCUCAACAAGAUAACUUCAAACUGAUGACAACCUUCCCAAAGAAGGUAUUUACUAGUGACGACUAUGAGAAGCCUUUAGAAUCAUUGGGUCUGGUGCCUUCUGCUGUGAUUAUAGUCUCAAGGGGCCAAUAG